ACACAAAUUUAGGUGACUACAAUUAUCAUACAAAAUAACAUGUGUAAAUAACCUAGGAUAGCCCACAGGAGUCAGACGAAGUAAUUUAUUGCCAUAGGGGUCCAAUUUUCCCAGGUUUUAGGUGGAUAGCUCACCUUUAAAUUAAUUACAUUCAGUUCGUCGUUCCUGUGAACUCAUUUUUAUUUUUCCCCGACAGAUUUGUGCAGUAUUUCCAGGCAGGAUACAAGGUUGCGGGGCACAAUACCUCGUGAGCAGUGCUUGCCCUUGUCUACAAUUACAAUUGCCCAACACCUGUAUUACAUUGUUGCAAUAUAAGAUAUAUAUAACACAGAUGUCAACCAUCAGCCACAACGGAACACCUCUGGCAGAAAUCAUUAAGUGUGUGAACUUUGCAGCUGUAAAGCAUAAAAAUCAAAGGCGAAAAGACCCAGAACAAACUCCCUACAUUAAUCACCCAAUUGGUGUAGCUUUUCUUCUGGUGGAAGGUGGAAUAGAUAACUUAGCAGUCUUGCAAGCUGCUGUGCUCCAUGACACUGUUGAAGACACACAUACUUCUAAUGAAGAACUUGUUAGGGAAUUUGGCCCUGAGGUAGCUGGCAUUGUUGCAGAGGUUACUGAUAACAAGAGCCUGAGUAAGGAAGAGAGGAAAAGACUUCAGAUUGUGAAAGCACCUUUAGCAUCUCAAGAGGCUAAACUGGUUAAACUUGCAGACAAAUUGUACAACUUGCGUGACUUGGAUCGAGCCACACCUUUCGGUUGGACACCAAAUAGAGUGAAUGAAUAUUUUCACUGGGCAGCUAAAGUAGUUGCUGGCUGCAGAGGUACCAAUGAUUUCCUUGAAAAAGAGUUAGAUAAACUCUUUGCCAAAAGAAAGGUAGCUAUAUAAUGUUAAAAGUAAGUACAAGUAUGCCUUGUAUAAUCAUUGUCAAAAAUUUCCUCAGGGAUUUCUUUUGCCAUUUGGGUGACUAUUAUACUGUACUAAAUAAUCCAGAACUCAAUGAUUUUAAAAUUAAUACAUGUAUAUACUAUAUAUAUAUAUAUAUACUAUAUAUUUUUUUCAACAUGUCGGUCGUCUCCCACCGAGGUAGGGUGACCCAAAAAGAAAAUACUUUCAUCAUUCAACACUUUCACCUCACUCACACAUAAUCACUGUCUUUUCAGAGGCACUCGGAUAUGACAGUUUAAAAGUCAACCUCCAAAGUGCCAAUAUCCCAAACCCCUCCUUUAAAGUGUAGGCAUUGUACUUCCCAUUUCCAGGAGUCAAGUCCAGCUAACCGGUUUCCCUGAAUCCCUUUACAAAAUAUUUCCCUGCUCAUACUACAACAGCUUGUCAGGUCCCAAAAGCCAUUCAUCUUCAUUCACACCUAUCUAACAUGCUCACACACUCUUGUUGGAGGUCCAAGCCCCUCACCCACCAAACCUCCUUUACCCCCUCCCUCCAACCUCUUCUGAGAUAACCCCUACCCUGCCUUCCUUCCCCAGUAGAUUUAUAUGCUCUCCAAGUCAUUCUACUUUCUUCCAUUCUCUGUAAAUGAAAAGAACCACCUUAACCCUUUCAGGGUUUUGGACGUACGUACUAGUACGGCUUACGCACCAGAGUUUUUGACGUACUAGUACGCCUAAAUUCUAGCGCCCUCAAAUCUAGUGAGAGAAAGCUGGUAGGCCUACAUAUGAAAGAAUGGGUCUAUGUGGUCAGUGUGCGCAGUAUAAAAAAAAUCCUGCAGCACACAGUGCAUAAUGAGAAAAAAAAAACUUUGACCGUGUUUUUGGAUUAAAACAGCAACUUUGCACUGUAUUUUCGUAUGGUAUUUAUUGUUGUGUUCUAGUUUUCCUGGUCUCAUUUUAUAGAAUGGAAGACAUAUUACAGAAAUUGAGAUGAUUUUGACUGGUUUUACAAUGAAAAGUACCUUGCAUUUGAGCUCAAAGUAGCAGAAAUGUUUGAUUUUUACCAAAGUUCAAAAGUAAACAAAUCAUGCUAAGCGUCCAAUACACAUCAACUGGUGAGUCUGAUAUUCUUUCACAAGUGCGCCGGUAUUAUUUAUACCAUUUCUAUACUAAUGCAGUAGUCUGCAUAACAGUAAAUCUUCUAUUUUUUGUGAGAAUAAAAAAUUCAAAGUGGAAAGCAAAAGAAUGUAAGAGGGGCAUGGGGAUGUGACUGAUGAACAGAGGAAAUGUUAUUUUAGUGCCAGGAAUGUCUUUCUUGUUUAUUCUGGACCCUAUUUGGAAAUUGGCAUCUUUUGAAAUUUGUGUAAAAUUGGCAAAAUUGCUAAAUUCUGACCACUGUAUUGGAUAGCUGAAAUCGGUAAAUGGGUGGUUUCUUGUACUCAUUCGAUAGAAAAAAAUGAAGUUCUAGCGAAAUAGUUACGAUUUUUGUCGGCUAGUACACUGGAAUUGGCCAAAAAUAGGGCUCAAAGUGGGCAAAAUCGCCGAUGCGUAAACACCGCUAACUUCGCGAGACCAUAAUUCCGUAAGUUUUCCAUAAAAUUUCAUACUUUUGGUGUCAUUAUGAUUGGGAAAAGAUUCUCUAUCUUUUCAUAAGAAUUUUUUUUUUUUUUUUUUUUUUUUUAAUUUGAGAAGGCCUGGGGACCCUGAAAGGGUUCACAGCCCCUCUUCAGCCCUCUGACUAAUACUUUCAGUAACUCCACACUUCCUCCUAAUUUCCACACUACGAAUUCUCUGCGUAAUAUUUACACCACACAUUGCCCUUAGGCACGACAUCUCCACUGCCUCCAGCCGUCUCCUCGCUGCAGCACUUAAAACCCAUGCUUCACACCCAUAUAAGAGUGUUGGUAAUACUUUACUAUACUAUACUCUUGUACAUUCCCUUCUUUGCCUCCAUGGAUAACGUUCUCUGUCUCCAUAGAUACCUCAACGCACCACUCACCUUUUUUCCUUCAUCCUUCAUAAAUCCAUCUGCUGUUAAGUCAACUCCCAAAUAUCUGAAAACAUUCACUUCUUCCAUACUCCCUCCCUCCAAUGUGAUAUUCAAUUUUUCUUUAUCUAAAUCGUUUGAUACCCUCAUCACCUUACUCCUAUCUAUAUUCACUUUCAACUUUCUACCUUUAGACACCCUCCCAAACUUGUCCACUAACCUUUGCAACUUUUCUUUAGAAUCCCCCAAAAGCACAGUAACAUUAGCAAAAAACAACUGUGCCAACUUCCAUUUUGUAUUUGAUUCCCCAUAAUUUAAUCCCACCCCUCUCCCCAACACUCCAGCAUUUACUUCUUUUACAAUCCCAUCUAUAAAUAUAUUAGACAACGUUUGGAGAUGGCCGAAAAAAAAAAAAUGGUGACAUUACAUAUCCCUAUCUAAGACCUAUUUUUACUGGGAAGUAAUCUCCCUCUCCUACACGCCCAAACCUGAGCCUCACUAUCCUCAAAAAACUCUUUACAGCAUUUAGUAACCUACUACCUAUUCCAUACACUUGCAGCAUCUGCCACAUUGCUCUCCUAUCCACUCUAUCAUAUGCCCUUUCUAAAUCUAUAAAUGCAGUGAAAACUUCAUUUAUAUUAAUUUUAGCAUUUUAUUUUUCAUGUAGCCAAUUUGUUCAUUACCAUUGUAUUCUGUCAAGCUUUUAAAUAGCUUGAUCCGUAUUACAAAAAUGUAUAAUGUGUAUAGGUUUGCUAUUUUUAUCCACUUUAUUGUUUUACCGCCUCUUACUGAACUUCCCUUCAACUUCUCCAACUGUACAGUCUUCAUAUCUACUAAUAGUACAUGUCAGUUGUAAUGAUUUUUUUCUACAUGCUCAGUCCAUUAAUGAGCAUUUGAUUUAAACCAUUUCAACUUUACUUAAAGCAUGUGUUCAUCUCGUGCUUUUCUGUUCACUACAGUAUUCAGAUUACUCUCAAAUUCAGUAUGGCAGGUCACAGACGUAGAAUGUCCAACACUUGCAAUUUUGGCACUGUGGAACCAGUAUAGUGGUUUAAAAAAAAAAAAGGUUGAUAUGCAAUUUCAGCAAUAAUAAAUAUUCAGAUAUUAGUUUACAUAAUGUUUUCUUUUUCAUCAAAUGCAUUUAAAGGUUGUGCAUAUUCAUUUGUUUGGUAGGGAUUGGUCAAGAUUUACAAAUUUAAAAUUCAUGAUUUUUAUGAGUGAAUUUACAUUUUUCUGUUUACAAAAUAUAUUCAUACUUUAUUUCAUGAAUGUAUAUUAUUAUUAUUAUAAUAAAAAAAAGUGCUAUCAUGAAUGUAUAGAAAGCUCACAUUUGUUGAGAAGGAUUGAUGAAGAAGUAUAGAUUUAAUAUGUCUGAGUUUCUUAAAGUUGAAUCGCUAUAAAAACAAAACUUUUUUUUUUUUUAACCAAAUUCAUUGGUAUUUUGUGUAUGUUCAUUUUAUGCUAAUAUGAAGAGUUCAUGCUUUUCAUAGAGCAUGGUUAAGAACUAUAGAGUAGACAUUUACUGUGUGUUGUUCUGCUGAGUUAUGGUCACUGCUUCUACAUGCUGCUCUCAUGUUUGACAUGACCAGCGAGUGAAAUACGGACAGUGGAAGCUUAGGCAACAAACUCCCUCUCAGUUAUUCCUACCACUGCCUUCUUACAUAGCAGUGAAGAAGUGAGUAUAUGUAAAGAACCUCAAGUUAGGUAUGAUGCAAGCGAGAAGGUGGGAGUGAAUAGGAGAGCAAGAAAGUGAGAGAGGCAGUUUAGCUACUGCCCAUUCCUACACAUCAUCCCAUUCUUCCCACACCAACACACCCGGCCACAGGAUUGACGAAGUGGUGAGCAUAUAUAAGAUGUAUUGUGUUAAAUACAAUGCGAGUGAGGGUGACAGUAAAUAAGAGAGCGAGAAUGAAAGGGAGGCAGUCCAGCUGCUCUCUGCUCCAACACUGUUCUGUACUACGUGUUAUUGCUUUGUAUGAUUUUAUUUUUUUUUUUAACACCCGCCUUCUCCCACCAAGGUAGAGUGACCCAAUGAAGAAGUAAAAAGUUUUUCCUUUUUUCACAUUUAGUAAUUUAUGCAGGAAAAAGGGUUACCAUGUAUGUAUUAAACCUUUAUGUACUACAGUAUUUGUAAGUAAAAUAUUAGGUGAAUAUUCUUAGUUAAAAAAUGAAAGAAAUUAUUUUUUUUUUUUUUUUUUUUUUUAUCACACCGGCCGAUUCCCACCAAGGCAGGGUGGCCCGAAAAAGAAAAACUUUCACCAUCAUUCACUCCAUCACUGUCUUGCCAGAAGGGUGCUUUACACUACAGUUUUUAAACUGCAACAUUAACACCCCUCCUUCAGAGUGCAGGCACUGUACUUCCCAUCUCCAGGACUCAAGUCCGGCCUGCCGGUUUCCCUGAAUCCCUUCAUAAAUGUUACUUUGCUCACACUCCAACAGCACGUCAAGUAUUAAAAACCAUUUGUCUCCAUUCACUCCUAUCAAACACGCUCACGCAUGCCUGCUGGAAGUCCAAGCCCCUCGCACACAAAACCUCCUUUACCCCCUCCCUCCAACCCUUCCUAGGCCGAUGUGAUGUGAUAAAUUAUUAUGGCUUGGGAAAACAUCUUGGAUUACAACAUGGAUUAAUGGGAAACUAGGUUCUUAGUUCUGAAUAAUCAGUUUACAAACAUUUUUGAACAAUGCAUUAAUUCAUAAGUGUGAUACCUACUGUAUUAGUUGUCUAUAUUUAGUUGAGAGUACUUGAAAAAUUGAAAGUAAUCAUAUUUGUUUUAAGGAAUGAAAGGAUAGAUGCAAUUCCUUGGAUCAAGAAUGCUUCACUGGUAUCAAGGCACUCCCCUCCUUGUUAUUAGUUUGCUAUUCUUGUGCAUGAGCUAGUCAAGUCUAGUGUAUCCUUCAUCUACAAUCCUCUUCAUCAGUUAUCAGAAUAUAUUGUACAUCAUGUUCAUUGAUUAUCAUCAUGGAAGAGCACUAAACCCAUAAGGAUUAUACAGUGCCCAUUGGGGGGGGGCAGAAGGCAUUCAGGUUUAAUUUAGGGAAUUGGAGCACAGAUCCAAUUCCCUAAAUCAAAGAGUCCCUCACCAGAAUCAAGGACCUUCCCUUGAGGGGCAUGGUCAUUAAUACAAAGCCUAUUCUCUAAACUGCAGAUUUAAAAUUUACUAGCAUGUUGACAUCAGCAGCAUCCCUUCCUUGUUCAACACUUCCUGUUUAUCACUUACUGUACCAUCAUUAUUAUAAUUAUAAUCAUGGGGGAGCGCUAAACCCGUAGAAUCAUACAGCGCAUGUGGGAGGGGGAUGGAAGGUAUUCAGGCUCAAUUCAGGGACCUGGAACACAGAUCCAAUUCCCUAGAUCAAGAGCCCCUCACCAGCAUCAAGAAACCUCCCUUGAAGGGUACUGUACAAUCAAGGGAAAGAGGUGCAUUGAUUCCAGUGAAGAGCUAUUUAUUCAAGAAAUUAGAGCUAUUCUUCCCUUCCUUGGUUCAAGCUUAAUUACUUCAACUUUCCAGGCUCUAUAUGACCCCUGUGAAUGUUGAGGGAAUGCUAAACCCAUAGGGGUCAUACAGUGCCUGGGGAUAUAGGAGACAUUCAGGUUUGAUCCACAUGCAUACUAUACUGAUGUUAUCCAGCAAGUGUUUACAAUGGACCCUGGGUAAAGGAGUAAGGAGGAGUGUUUGGAGAUGGGUGUGGGCUGGGAGCAACUCUAGGGAUACCUCUCUCACAUCAUGUAAAUUGAGGUACAGGGGGCUGAGGAAGGAAGUCAGGUCUAGUUCUUUAGAUCAAGAGCCCCUUACCAGCAUCAAGGAAAGUCACUUGAGGAGCCCCUUGAAUGUAAUAACACUUACCAGUGUUGUGCUUUAGAGUGCAGUUCUAAUCACUAGCAACUAUUUAUUUCCCUUUAGUUGUUAUAGUAUUAUCUGUACUCAUAUGCCAUAUAAACAUACAACAAUAAUAAGAAGUUUGUGUAGAUUAUAUCAUAUAACAAUAUGAAAUGGAGGGAAGAACAGUUACUUGUAAUAUUUAUAUUUUUCUAAUUGCUUUAUUGUGGAAUGUCAGGUUUAUAAUCACCGUAAGUCAAAUAAAUACUUUAUACACUCA